AUGGAGCGCCAAGUAAGCCGCAGCCCCCUGGCUCACCUGUACACGCCAAAGACCUACGUGGCCCACGAUGUCAUCGACGAGGUGACCAAGGCGGCCUUGAUCGGCACGGGCAGCGGCCUCUUCAUUGCCGCACUCAAAAAUGCCCUCUCCAGGCAGAACGUCGGCGCCUGGAGCGUCUUCACCCGCGGGGCUCCUCUCAUCGGCCUUUGCGCCGCCGCCCCGAGCGCGUACGUCUUCUUCUCCCGGACUACCAUGAACCUGCGAGAGAGGGAAGAUAUCUGGGCUACCACGCUCGGUGGUUUCGCCUGCGGUGCCGUCCUCGGUCUUCCCUUCAAGCGUUUCCCCCCCGUUUUCGGCCUCGGUGCCGCCGUCGGUCUCGCCCACGGCCUCUUCUACGUCCUCGGAAACCGUCUCGACUCCUUCAAUCAGGCGGAGGACGAGUUCGAGCGCAAGGAGAUUCUUCGAAGGAACAAGCGCCGCCCGAUCGCCGAGACCAUUGCCGAGGUUGGUGAGGGACGAGGUAUCAUCUCACCUGGCUACGAGGAGCGCAGGAGGGCGCUUAUUAAGGAGAAGUACGGCUUUGAAGUCGACCCGGUCAAGGCCACGGUGGACGGCAGCCAGUAA